AAUCUCAGCCGCUUAGGCCUUAUCGUCUGUCUCUGGCAUUUCUUUCUAAAACCAGAGGUGAGAAAAUAAGACCCUAAGAGAAAAUGGUUCAAAGGCUCACUUAUCGUACUCGCCAUAGCUAUGCUACCAAAUCAAAUCAACACCGUGUCGUUAAGACCCCCGGUGGGAAAUUGGUUUAUCAGACUACUAAGAAGAGAGCAAGUGGGCCUAAGUGUCCUGUUACUGGAAAGCGAAUUCAGGGUAUUCCUCACUUGAGGCCUGCUGAAUACAAGCGAUCGCGAUUGCCUAGGAACCGAAGGACUGUGAAUCGUGCCUAUGGUGGUGUUUUGUCAGGCAGCGCUGUUAGAGAAAGGAUAAUCCGGGCCUUCUUGGUUGAAGAACAAAAGAUUGUGAAGAAGGUACUCAAAAUCCAGAAGGCAAAGGAAAAGCAAUCCUCAAAGAGCUAGAAAUUUUAUUGCUGAUGAAAGCCGAAUUGUGUUUGGUUUGUU